GUAUGCUUGUCAGUUCAUCCCGCAAGUUGUUGUGACGUCUGCCUCGAUCCCUACUCUAUCUCUUCAGAACCCGCCAAUUCUCCACAUGCAAUCGCUUGUGGUCACAUCUUCUGUCUCACGUGCCUUCGCUCCUUAUUACCAAGUGCAUGUCCACUUUGCCGCAAACCUUUCCAGUCAGAUCGUGUCAAGAAACUUCACCUUGCGAAUCCACCCGAAUUAGAUGAUGCUGAACAGAAUGCUAUCGAUGCUCAUGCCAGCCUCCUCCUCCAGCACAUAGCUCUAGUCUCAGGUGAAGACACUCCCGAGGUAGAUGUCGUUGAAGUAGUCACCGAAGUGCAGGAAUGGCUGCAGUCUCAACCGGAUGACCCUAAUUCUCAUAUGGCUCUUCGAGCUGCCGUGACUUCCCUUCAGCGAUACAAAGCUCUUCAAGAUCAGAGCGAGCGUGAAAAAGCAGAAUAUCGUCGCCUCCGAAGCCAACUUCGGAACAACAAGCGAAAUGCGGACCACGACUCCAAAACAUCUCGCGCAGUGGAAGAAAGUCUACUUUCCAGGAUUCAAGAAAUAGAGAAUGAACAUGCUCUAGAGCUGUCCCAAUUGCAUUCUGAGCUAGAAAACCUUAGAAACCCGCAACCCCGAUAUCGCAACACCAGUAACCCCCUCCCCGCGCCUCCAGAGCCCCUGCCAAUCGAUCGAUUCCCGACCUUUGCAAGGCCUGGCGGAGGUCUCGACCCUCUCCUGGGCGGCGCCGUUCCAUAUCCCGCACCACCUCCACGGGAUAACACCACCCACGUCAAUGGCGAUGCCCACGCCUCAGGAUCUAAGGGGACAAGCUCAUCCCAUAAGCCAGUUCCUCAUCCCCCCAAGACCCUACCUAUAUCCAAUACCAGACCUCCCGAGGUUCCUCGGGUAGAAGAACACUGGACAGACAACACGCGACGGCCCCGUGCAUCAUCCAUACACAGCCGUGCACCUGAGUCUCAGCCGAAAAUAAACAUCACGGCCCGCGGAGCACACAUCCCUCCCAGCGCUGGCCGUAUAAAUCCUUCUCCCACCUGGGCAGCGCGCCCCCUCGUCAUGAGGAGCAGCACUAAUGUCAGCGCAGACGUAGCGAAUAAUCUGUCCACGCGAUUAGCAUCCGCCGCAGCUUACGUCUCAGGCUAUGGCUCAGGGUACGAAUCAGGCUAUCAGCUAAUCAGUGCUCCGUACAUGUCGUCGACUGGUGGCAAUGAAAGGGCCUUUCCGUUGUUAGAGACGCAAUCACCAGAACAAGUCACGGAUGUUCUGGGCUUGAUCGACUCGUCGGGAGACGACCAUACGACGCCUGUGGCUCGAGCACGACCCGUUCCCAGACGGGCUGUGACUGAAACCGCUCGAGCGGAUAAUAUUUCUAGAGGUUAUCCAGACGUACCGCUUGGUUCACUACCACCUGUGAAUGGUAUGCGACGCCGGGCGACGGUGCAGAACGUUGUUCAGGCGGCUCGAGUGGGGAAUGUUUCCAGGGGUCUUUCGGAUGUGCCUCUGCUUGGUACGCCACCGCCUGAUAAUGGCGUGGGACGCCGAGCGGCGGUGCAGAGUGUCGGCCAGGUUCUUGGUUUCGAUGUUGGGUUACCGAUGUCGAAUGGGAACGUAGUAGUAGGAUCGGUGCGUUUGAAUGACAGCGCAGCCGGCUCUGCCCGUCUCAACGAUGGGGCACCGUCCCGUCCCAACGACACACAAAUCCGCAUGCCUAGACCCCGAGCACUUAUCCCUUCCCUGGAUCCAACACCAGACGCAGAAAGCCCAAGAAGCGCUACCACAUGGGGAACCAUAUCCACCUCACGAGCAGGCAGCAUGGAUCACCUCGGCCUCCUAGGGCUGCACAACGGGGGCGUGCGUGGGCAGGGGAGCAUUGCCGGCGAGUCUAUAAUAGGUCGCCUAGAGUCAGACGAAGAUACAACAGAUGAGGACGGAGAAGAUAUCAGCGUGACACCUGUUAUACCCAUACCUACCGCUGAACCAGAUGCAUUGGGUCUUAUUCUUGAAGAUGGAGGGGAUGUGGAUUAUGCGGUGCAUGAUGAGGAGUGGAGGUAUCGUGCGCAGUCUUCGUAUGCUGCGAGUCGUACUUCUUUUCCACCCGGUCCCACCUCACGUCCACCAAAUCACACCUCUCGCCCUCCAAAUCACACCUCUCGCCCUCCAAAUCGCCUCUCUCAUGUCCAAUCCUCUCGCACCCAGCACACUUAUAAUCGUCGACAUACAUCGCAACCAACGGGAUACGAAGAAGGGACGACAACGCGCGUUCCCAGUGGCAGUUCUUCAUAUACGAAUAGCAACGCGCUAUCGCUCCAUUUUGAUGCUUCGCUUUCGAUGCACGAUCAUGCUGCGCGUCCUUUGACAGGCGCUGGGGGUGGUUCUUUUACAAGUACCGGGCAUGGUCCGUCUACAAACACCGGGCAUGGUUCUUUCACAAGUGGAGGACAUGGUCCUUUUUCAAAUACAGGGAAUGUCGACGGCCCACAGAUCGUCGCUCCUACUCCAGUCGUUGGUGGGCCUAAUAUCGUGCAUAUGUGGGCUAAUCGCACAUGACUGGCGCUUCUGAUAUAUACGUAUGGUUCUUUUUAUCUGGAAUCUGGAUUAUCCCUCCUUUUCCCCGUUUGUUUUUUGUCGCUGAGUUUUUGUUCUCACCGCACUCAUUUCACUUACUAUAAACAUAAGAUAGACACUGGUUUGUUGUUACCUGUCAUCCGUUCGUUGUUGUGCUAUCUAUCUCCUUUGUUGGGGUUGUUUGUAUUAUUAAAUGUUUCCGUCAUCCACUGUACGUCGUGAUCUAUCGUAACUAACAUUGAACUGCCACAAUCUGUACUAUUGCCGUUAGAUGAUGAGCGGGUUGAAUUCGGCUUUGAUGGGAUCGGUACUAUGAUACUGGGGUUUGAGAUCAUCGAUCCGCAUGACAUGAGACGAUAAGCUCUUUUAAUAUUUUGCUAGCUGUGGGUGGAUCAAGUGGACUGCAUCGGAC